UUAACUUGACCUAGUGAGCUAGCGCGUGUGGCUGCUUCGCUAGUUUUGUUAGAGUUUGUUUGAAAUUUAUGCAAGCUGGUCGCUGUAAUUUAAAGGGCUAAAUACUUACAGACUACCUAACUAGCCAUAGAUUGCUAACUAGCUAGCUGGGUUCAUUGAUACAUGAGCGGUAGCUGCUUAGCUAAUGUGGUCAUCGUGAGAAUUUGGGAGAACGGGAGCAUCAGUAUUUUCUUUUCUGGAGGAAGUCCGUUCGCUUAGCUGGCUGGCCACACAGCCUAUGAACUUGCUAACUUUCAGUUUCAAGUCACUGGACAGUGACUGGAAGUGAUUUACAAUCCUGCCGACGUGCUGAAUGCAAGCACUACGGGAACUGUCACACUUUCAAAUGCAAAAAGUAUAAUUAAAAUCAAGCAUUUUUAAUCCGCUUCGUCCGCAACGAUGGCAGGCGUGGUGCGCACCCUAAGCCGGUGUUUGCUCCCAGCCGAAGCCAGUCGGGAGCGAAGUAACAGCAAGGAGAGAAACCGAGAUGCGAACCAGGAGCGGGAGGCGAAGCGCCGGAGCCGCGAAAUUGAUGCCAUGCUCGCCCGCGAGAGACGCUCCGUUCGCCGCUUGGUGAAGAUACUGCUGCUCGGCGCUGGGGAAAGUGGCAAAUCGACAUUUUUGAAACAAAUGAGGAUUAUCCACGGGAAAGAGUUCGACCAGAAAGCCUUACUGGAUUUUAGAGACACUAUCUUCGAGAACAUUAUAAAGGGCAUGAGGGUGCUGGUGGACGCCCGCGACAAGCUGGGCAUCACCUGGCAGAACUCGGAGAACGAGAAGCACGGCAUGUUCGUGAUGUCCUUCGAGAACAAGGCGGGCAUCCCCGUUGAGCCGUGCACCUUCCAGCUGUACGUGCCUGCGCUCUGGGCUCUGUGGCAGGACGCGGGCAUCCAGGAGGCUUACGGCCGCCGCAACGAAUUCCAGCUGGGGGAAUCUGUGAAAUAUUUCCUGGACAACUUGGACCGCAUUGGCCAAUUGAACUAUGUACCGAGCAGGCAGGAUAUCCUGCUUGCCAGGAAGGCCACCAAGGGGAUUGUGGAGCAUGACUUUGUCAUCAAGAAGAUCCCUUUCAAGAUGGUGGAUGUGGGCGGCCAGCGCUCCCAGAGGCAGAAAUGGUUCCAGUGCUUCGAUGGCAUCACCUCCAUCCUCUUCAUGGUGUCGUCCAGCGAGUAUGACCAGGUGCUGAUGGAGGACCGUCGCACCAACCGCCUGGUGGAGUCCAUGAACAUCUUUGAAACCAUCGUCAACAACAAGCUCUUCUCCAAUGUCUCCAUCAUCCUCUUCCUCAACAAGAUGGACCUGCUGGUGGAGAAGGUGAGGAAGGUCAGCAUUCGCAAACACUUCGCCGACUUCCAGGGUGACCCGCACCGGCUGGAGGACGUGCAGGCCUACCUGGUGCAGUGCUUCAACCGGAGGCGGCGGAAUCGCAGCAAGCCCCUCUUCCACCACUUCACCACCGCCAUCGACACGGAGAACAUCCGCUUCGUCUUCCACGCUGUCAAGGACACCAUCCUGCAGGAGAACCUCAAGGACAUCAUGCUGCAGUGAGACCUCCUACCGCACAGGUGGCGCUCUUCUGUUCUCCUGCCUGCCUUGCAUAGCAGCUCUUUAUCCUAAUCCACUUUUUAAGGACAGUAGAUGAAGCCUGUAGUCUGUCAGAACUUUGUUCCAUCUACCAACAGAUGCACUGAUUUUUGCCCAGCAGUCUUUCACAUUUUAAGAUUUGAAUGGGAGAGAGUCACUCCUCUGUUCUGCAAGGGCAAUUCCAACAUCUUCAGAUUUAUGAAACUGAACUCCUUUUGCCCCAGUCUCUCGUAGGGUCUCCUAUGAUAUUUAUGGCUAACAGUAAGUAAGUAUGCAAGUGAAAGUCAUACUCUUGGUUAUGUGAUAGGUUUGCACUAAUAUGCAUGUUGAAUGUUGUCAUGUAAGGUCUGGAAAACCCCUUUGACUUAAGUAGCUUGCUGGAGCAGUCUCUGAUGGCUCGCAAAUGCUUUUCCCCCAUCAUAAGACCUAUAAUCUUUCUAGAAGCUGAA